UCGUGUGAUGGCCGCGCCGAGGAGGACAUGCUCGACAUUGACUCUCCCUGGGUCGCGGCGGCCGAGGCUGACUCCAGGCUGGAGGAAGCCACGGUGGCCGCGGCUUCAUCGGGACUUCGCCUUCAGGCAGAGAGCAAGGCUUGCGAAGACGAGAUACGAAACAACCAGGAGCAACAAGAGGACGAGCUGAUGGCAUUGAAAGCAAUAUAUGGGGACGACCUUGUUGAAUUCGAAAGCAAAGCAGGGCUACGCUAUUUCCAGGUUUGCAUACGUUACGAUCUUCAUGAUGACGCUCAAGUGUGUGCCAGGCUUUCUUCAAAAACUGAAAAAACAAAAUAUGGAGGAUGUCCUGAUGAUGAUCAUGAUACAGAAGAACAUGAUGCUGGACUUGAUGAAUUCUCUUACACCUGCAACUUUGAGUACUUGCCUCCUCUGAUAUUGACAUGCCUACUUCCAAAAUCAUAUCCUAGCAAAGAGCCCCCAUAUUUUACCGUAACGGCUAAAUGGAUGGAUGGGCCUGAUGUUUCUCAACUCUGUGAGAUGCUUGAUACCAUUUGGGCAGAGAUGCCGGGGCAGGAAGUGGUAUAUCAAUGGGUCGAGUGGAUACGCAAUUCUUCAUUGGCAAAUCUCUGGCUUGAUGGCAAAAUAUUGUUAGGUCCAGACAUUCAUAGAUACAAGGGAGAUCGGCGCGCAAUCUCAAGAAGUCUCUCACUAGAGUGUGUGAUCCCUUCCAUGCUCAGCUACAGUAGUAAGAAACAUUACCAAGCUUUUCUUGAGGACCUCCAUAUGUGCAUGAUAUGCCUUAACCAGUGGAAAGGUUCAAACUUCAUCAAGCUUCCAUGCCAGCACUUGUAUUGUGUGAAGUGCAUGGAGACGUUAUGCAAGAUGCAUGUGAAGGAAGGCACUUUGUUUCAGUUAGUUUGCCCUGACACCAAGUGCAAUACUUCCAUUCCACACUAUCUGCUAAAGAGGCUUCUUAGCAAAGAAGAGUUUGAACGCUGGGAUAGGCUUGCUCUCGAGAAAGCGUUGGACUCAAUGUCAGACGUGGUUUACUGCCCAAAAUGUGUGGUUGGUUGCGUGGAAGAUGAGGAUAACAAUGCGGAAUGUCCGAAAUGUUCGUUUACCUUCUGCGGUUUUUGCAAGGAAUUAUGGCAUCCAGGGAAACAAUGUCUAACUCCAGAACAAAAGCUCCAACGUCGGAGGGGGUCAGGCAGAAUGACUGAGAGGGAGGUGGCGCAAGAACUAGCGAACGUCAGAGAGUUAUACAAAGAUGUUCGGGUAUGUCCGAAAUGCCGAAUUGCCAUCGCCAAAUGUGAAGGCUGCAACAAAAUGGUGAACUGUCGCCUCUUUGAGCCUCAUGACAUGACAGACUUGGAUAGACAAAUGGAUGAACUGCAAUUUGGAAACCAGAUGCGGAAUCAGUUGAAACCGGUAGGUGCUAUGGUGAGAUGUCCAAGGUGUCGUGAAAUGACUUUCAAGGACGAUGAGAAAUAUAUCUUCUGUAUGGUGUGCGCAGCAAGCUCUUGCACAAUGUGCAAACGGAUAAUCACGGAUAGGAGGAUGAAGAGCGGGCACUGGGGGUCGUCAGAAUGCUACUCCUCGUAGUACCGCUGAGUCACGGGUCUCUACCGGUCAACUUUCUUGCAUCUAGGACAUUUUGGCUAAGUUUACAGUUAUUGAAUUACGUUGUGUUU